AUGUGUGGCAUCUUCUGUCUGCUGAGCUUCUCCCCCGUUGAGUCUUCCACCGACCAACGACUUCACCAAAACCUGAGCAGGCGAGGGCCCGACUCAACCCAGGACCUGACCGUGACCCACGCACACCCCUUCUAUCGAUGUCUAUUCUCCGCACAUGUGCUCCACAUGCGGGGCGCCCUUACCCCUCAGCCGGAGCGAGACGCCGCUGGCAACGUACUUCUGUGGAACGGGGAGAUCUUCAGCGGUAUCGCAGUGGCGCCGGAGGAGAACGACACUCGCGUAAUGGCGCGUCAGCUCUCCUCGUGCGAUACCCCUGCCGAGCUUCUCUCAGUGGUCUCACGCGUGCGGGGGCCCUGGGCAUUUGCCUACUACCAGCAGGCCCAACACUGCCUUUGGUUCGGCAGGGACUUCUUCGGGAGGCGGAGCUUGUUGUGGCAGUUUGACGAGGAGGCCGAGGCCUUGACCCUGACGUCGGUGGGGGGCGACUGCCCUCCGACCGGUGCGGACCCCUGGCUAGAGGUUCCCGCAGCGGGGGUGUACCGGAUCGACCUGAAGGCGGGACGUGUUGCCGGGACGGGCGGUGUGACGCUGGAGGUUUAUCCCUGGGCUACGGGAGGGUGCGGGCUCCCGUCCCCUGAAAGCGUCCCUAGCAACUGCGUGGCAACGAUGAACCAGUGGGGCCUGGUCCUACCAUCGCCCGUGUCCCCACUCAACAUGCUGCUUCCCGAGGUCGAGGUGGGAGUACUUCCGUCGUCUCCGGCUUCCAGUGUUGUGGCGACGGAUCUGGAGGAGGUGCUGGCGUCCAGGGAAAGGACCGGCGAGGUGGACCACCUCAACGCCGUGCUCAGCGAGGCGGUGCGGCGGCGCGUUCAGGCCUUGCCCGGCGACAUCAGAGACGAGUCAUUGACCGACCACGCCUCCGUGGCGGUCCUCUUCUCCGGGGGGAUCGACUCCAUGAUCCUGGCGGCGUUGGCGGACCGGCACGUACCCGCGGGACAACCCAUCGACCUCCUCAACGUGGCCUUCAAGCUGCAGGAGCCCAAGACUCAGAAACAACAAUCCACAAAGAAGAAGAAGAAGAAACCCGAAACAGACCAAAACAAACCGACGACGGACUCGGCGAAUGUCCCCAAGGUCUCCGAGAUUUCCUCGCCGUUCGACGUCCCGGACAGACUGACGGGGCGGGCGGGGCUGCUGGAGCUGCAGGCUCUGAACCCGGAGAGGAGGUGGAACUUUGUGGAGGUAAACGUGACGCAGGAGGAGCUGCAGAGGACGCGGCGGGAGCGCGUGCGUCACCUGGUGCAGCCGCUGGACACGGUGCUGGACGACAGCAUCGGCUGCGCCAUGUGGUUCGCGGCGCGGGGGGAGGGCUUCGUCACGCAGGACGGCGACCGGACGCCGUUCUCUUCGCCGGCAAAGGUCCUUCUGACGGGCAUCGGGGCAGACGAGCAGCUGGCGGGCUACUCCAGGCACAGGGUCCGCUUCCAGACCUCCGGCCACCAGGGGCUGGUCCAGGAGCUGGGCAUGGAGCUGGGCCGCAUCUCCUCCAGGAACCUGGGCCGGGACGACCGCAUCAUAGCGGACCACGGGAAGGAGGCCAGAUUCCCGUACUUGGACGAGGACGUGGUGGACUACUUGAACUCCCUGCCCGUGUGGAGGAAGGCGGACCUGUCUCUGCCCCGCGGUGUGGGGGAGAAGCUGCUCCUGAGGCAGGGGGCCAGGGCCCUAGGCCUGGGACCCUCCGCCCUCCUCCCCAAGAGAGCAAUGCAGUUCGGCUCCCGCAUCGCCAAGAUGGAGAACAGCCACGAGAGGGCUUCCGACCGCUGCAACCGACUGCUCAGCGCUUAGAAGACAAUCUCAGCCUUUGUUCUUUAAUACAUGGGAUUCUAUUUUUAUUCUGAUGAAAUUCUGUCAUUAUAAAAUCACAUGCAUUAGAAUCUGUUGUAGUAACCUGCCAUUGUAUGGAAUAUAUAUAUAAAUAAAACAUAUUUACAAAUAACCCCAAAAUUGAUUAUUAUUGAAGCAAUCUUCACUAUGCUCAGAUAUGAAAUUUCAGGUCCAAAUGAGGUAUGCGUGUCGUGUGAUUGUUCCGACACACGGCAGAAUAAAGUUUUUUUUUCUUUAAAACA